AAGGCUUGUGGCUCCUAGGGAAAAGGAAGUUGAACGCUUCGGGCAGGGUUUGAACCUUCGGCCCUAUUGUAGUAACGUGGUCUCAAAUGCCUCAGCCUGAUGGAAGCUUGACACCGCGAUGGCUUGGAACCAUUCCCAGCCUUGGCAGCUUGUUAGGCCUCACAGAGCCAGAGGACUUGACUUGCGAAGAAACAUUGUGUCCAUUCUUUGCCAUGCUGGAGAAUUUGUGGAUUAUUACAGCUCAUCUACAGCAUCCUGGAUUCCUGCAAAGGUUCUAGCUCAACGUGCCGAUGGCUUGUACGACUUGGACUGCAAGACUGGGGUGCCCCCGACAAAAGUUCGGGCUGCCACUUUCAGCAAGCCAGAGUAUGAGGUCGGUGCAAUAGUUGAGUUCUAUAGCUCAACAGCUGGUCUAUGGCUGCCAGCAACCGUGAAGAUGUACAACGGCAUUGCUGGUACAUAUGACUUGGAUUGCAAAUUAAGCGUACAGCCCGACAGGAUUCGCCUGCCAGCUGCUCGCACCCGUGCACCAAGUAGAGACGAAGAGCUCAAGGAAGAAAGCGCAGAGGACGCUGUGGAGGAAUCAGGCGGCUCCUCCAGUAGCAUGCGCCCCUUGCCAAUGCAACCACAACAGGAAGGGCCACGUCAAUUGAUCCGUGUUACCCGACGGGGCACCUCUUGGCAUUUCGAGCUUUGCGAGGAUACCAUGAAGGUGUUGGAGUUCAUGGGCCAGAAAUGUAUCUCAGUGUGUACAGUUUGCGGUCCUUACCGCACAGGUAAGAGCUACCUUCUGAAUCUCCUCCUUGGGCGCGUACAGAAUGGCUACCGACAGUUUCGUGUCGGUUCAAGUACCCAAGCCUGUACAGACGGCUUGUGGAUGUGGGGGUUCAGCAAUGCACAAGGUGGUGUUGACAGCCCCAAUGUGCUUUUCUUGGACUGUGAAGGCUUUGGCAGCACAGACUCUGACAAAACCAGAGAUGCCAAGCUCAUGUCGCUUUGCAUGCUGCUUUCUUCCGUUUUUUUGCUCAACACCAAGGGUGUCCUGAGCGAAGGUCUUUUCAACGCGCUAUCAUUGGUUUGCAGCCUGGCUACUUAUGUGGAGCAGGGGCAGGAUACCAGCAAGCCCGCACUUCUGUGGCUCUUGCGAGAUUUCCUGUUGGAACUCGUUGAUGAAAAGGGCCGCAGAAUGACACCUGAUGAGUACUUAGAAUCCUCUCUUCGCAAAACUCCUCGAGACGCAGUGGAAAGUCAGCGAUCACAAGCUGCUAGAGAGGUUCGAGAGACUUUGCUGCAGUCUUUUCCAGAUCGUCGCUGCGUUACUCUUUGCCAGCCGGUUAUUGAUGAGGAACAGCUGCGGCAACUGUCUGAGGUGCCAUUUGAGCACUUGCGGCCUGAAUUCCGGCGGGGAUUCCAGGACCUCCAGACCCAGCUGCUUCGUCUGGCGAUGUCUCAUCCCAAGACGGUUCAAGGUGAAGCCAUUUGUGCUUCGGCCUGGGCGGCAAUGCUCCGGAAGCUUGUUGCAGCGCUGAACGAGGGAACUGCCUUGAAUGUGGUGAACGCUUGGAACCAGGUCCAGCACUCAGCCUGCAACGACCUUUCUGCAGAGCUGCAGAGUCGGGUUCUGGAGGAGUUCCAGAAGGUGAAAGACGGAGGACCUCUUCCACGUGGCAGGCAUUUGCCUGUGUCAGAUGAGACGCUGGCAGCCAGCUUGAAGGAAUGUCGCAAAGCACUCAAAGAAGAAUGGAGAAGUCGGUCCGUUGGCGAUGACACGGUGACAGACAAACACUGGAAGGAGCUGAAGGUAGUCAUCAAGGAGCAAGAGAAGGCAGUUGAGCAACUCAAUGCCGAGUUAGUAGAAUCGCAUUUGCAACAAGCAGGCGCCGACUGGUCAGCUUGGCUUUGUCAGGACAGAGCUGCAGAUCCGUCUGAUCCUCGAUCUCAGGCAUUGAUGAACGCCUUGGAUUCUGACCUUCCAUCGAAGCCAAUCCUACGGGCAGUGCGGGAGGCGCUAAGUACAUCUCGCAUGGCUCGGCUGAAGUGGGAUGGCAACAGCGAUGCUUUGAAGGCGAAGCUGAAGCUUGCCACAGAUGAGCUCGAAAGCAAGGCAGCAAUGGCAGCAGCAGCAACAAAGCUCGACGGGGAGCAACUUGAAAAGAGUCGCGAGAUGGGGCAUUUGCAUGGUCAGGUUGAGCUGCUUCAACAGCAGGACGCCAUUGAGCGCGAAAGGCAGCUGAGAGAGCAGGUACUGCUGGCUGAAGAGGCCACGAGGAAAGCGCAGUACGAGCAUGGCGAGGCAAAGCGUCAGUCAAAUCAGUCCAUCCACGAGCUGCAAGCACAAGUUGAAGAUUUGCGAUCUGAAGUGCUGCACUUUCAGGAGAAGAGGUCUGGUGCAGCUCGCCGAGACGCCCAACCAAAAUGUGCGUGCAAUGUCAUGUGAAUUGAUUGCCGUGCCGAAGUGCAAAACAUCGUCAGACCAUGGGCACAUGUGCAGCA